AUGACUCGAUAUCGGAUUGGUCGAGUCGAAGGACACUGGACCAACUUCACGCCGCCGAUUCAGGGUGGAGUGUUCCGCAAGGAGAAAGAGAUAUACCACAGCCUGGAUAACGGGCAAGCCAUCGAAGCAAGCGGCGAUGAGAGCAGCUCCGAUGAGGCUGCUUCGGACAGCGGUAUAUCCAUCGCUUCCAGCAAGACCAGCGUCGAAUUAGAUGAGGACCUGACGAGUCUCUCGGAGUCCAAGGACUUGGGAGACGCGGCCAACACGAUCCAGGACAAGAGCGUGGCCGACCACAUCGGCAAAGCAGUCCAGGCUGAGGUCGACGAUGACCGUCUCCACUAUCCUUCCCUGGACGCCGAAACCCAGCGCGACAUCGCCGUCAAGUUUAAGGCUUUGCACGAGCGUGUGCGAGCAGAAGGCUUCUACGAUUGUCGCUUCUCCGAGUAUGGCAAGGAGAUGAUCCGAUAUGCCAUUCUGUUCGGUCUGUUCGCUUACUGCCUGCACCGCGGCUGGAUCGUCGCCUCGGCAUGCUUUCUAGGCACCUUCUGGCAGCAGAUCAUGUUCACAGCCCACGACGCCGGUCACCGUGCCAUCACCCACAACAUCAUCUACGACACACUCAUUGGCAUCUUCAUCGGUGACUUUUGCUGCGGCUUGUCCAUUGGUUGGUGGAAGAGCAGCCACAAUGUCCAUCACCUGGUCACGAACUCUCCUGAACACGAUCCUGACAUUCAAAACGUUCCAUUGUUCUCAACCUCGCCAUCCUACUUCAAGUCGAUCCGAAGCAGUUACUACGGUAGCGUCUUUCCCUGGGAUAAGGCAGCCGAGGUAGCCAUUCGCUACCAGAAGUACACCUACUACCCCGUCAUGGCCAUAGCUCGGUUCAACCUUUAUUUCCUGUCCUGGCUCCAUCUCGCCUCGCCCCGAGCAGAUACCAAGAGCUUCAUGGCAUGGACACGACCCACGGAAGUCUGCGCUAUCGCACUUUACACCUUCUGGUACUACAAGCUCCUACUGUACGACUGCAUUCCAACUUGGUACGGCCGAGGUUUGUUCCUCCUCGUCAGCCACGUCGCCACUUUGCCGCUUCACAUACAAAUCACGCUCUCCCACUGGGGCACCAGCACAGCAGAUCUCGGUCCUGCGGAAUCCUUCGCCAUGAAACAACUGCGCACGACCAUGGAUAUCGCGUGCCCGGCUUGGCUCGACUUUGUGCACGGUGGGCUGCAAUUCCAGGCAGUCCAUCAUCUGUUCCCACGAGUACCACGCCACAACUUGCGCCGUCUGCAGAAGCUGGUGCGUGAGUUCAGCGCCGAGACCGGUAUCAAGUACCAGAUCAAAGGCUUUGUGGCUGCGAACGAGCAUGUUCUUGGACGCCUCGAUGACGUGACGCAGCUGGCGAAGCUGCUCGCGGAGUGCCAAGCGCACAUGGCGAAGACUGGCGAGAGUGGGUUGCAUUGA